AUGCCUCUCCCGGCCGCCCUCGCCGGUCGCGCUCCGGUCCUCUUCCGACACGGACGCCGCGUUCCUCAAUCCUUUCCCAGGCUCGCCGCCCGCUCUCUCACCACGGCGACGCCCGCGAGCAGGUCCGCCGCCCUGCUGCGCCUCCAACCGUUGAAGCGGCUAGGCACCGUCUCCGUCCUUCGACCCUACAGCUCGGCCGCUCAGCAGUCGGCCCCCAACCCCAACGCCUACCUCGAGAGCGGCGUCAUCAAACCUAAGCAGAACGUCGACGUCAAAAAGGUGCUCGUCAUCGGCAGUGGCGGACUGGCCAUCGGUCAGGCUGGUGAAUUCGACUAUUCCGGUUCGCAGGCGCUCAAGGCCCUCAAGGAGGCCGGUGUCGCUUCCGUUCUCAUCAACCCCAACAUCGCCACCAUCCAGACGAACCAUACGCUCGCCGACGAGGUCUACUACCUUCCCGUCACCCCCGAGUACGUCACCUACGUCAUCGAGAAGGAGAAGCCCGAUGGCAUCUUCCUCUCCUUCGGCGGCCAGACGGCCCUGAACCUCGGUGUCGAGAUGCAGCGUCUUGGCCUCUUCGAGAAGUAUGGCGUCAAGGUCCUCGGCACGAGCGUCAGGACCCUCGAGCUUAGCGAGGAUCGUGACCUCUUCGCCAAGGCUCUCGAGGAGAUCAACAUCCCCAUCGCCAAGUCCAUCGCCGUCGGCACCGUCGAGGAGGCCCUCGACGCCGCCCAGAAGGUCGGCUAUCCCAUCAUCGUCCGUGCCGCCUACGCCCUCGGCGGCCUCGGCUCUGGCUUCGCCAACAACGAGGAGGAGCUCCGCAACAUGGCCGCUCGCUCCCUCACCCUGUCUCCCCAAAUUUUGGUGGAGAAGUCCCUCAAGGGCUGGAAGGAGCUCGAGUACGAGGUCGUGCGCGACGCCAACAACAACUGCAUCACCGUCUGCAACAUGGAAAACUUCGACCCUCUCGGCAUCCACACUGGCGACUCCAUCGUCGUUGCCCCUAGCCAGACUCUGAGCGACGAGGAGUACCACAUGCUCCGCUCCGCCGCCAUCAAGAUCGUCCGCCAUCUCGGCGUCGUCGGCGAGUGCAACGUUCAGUACGCCCUCCAGCCCGACGGUCUCGACUACCGCGUCAUCGAGGUGAACGCCCGUCUCUCCCGCUCCUCCGCCCUCGCCUCCAAGGCGACCGGGUACCCUCUCGCCUACACCGCCGCCAAGAUUGGUCUCGGCCACACCCUCCCCGAGCUCCCCAACGCCGUCACCAAGACGACGACGGCCAACUUCGAGCCCUCGCUCGACUACAUCGUCACCAAGAUGCCGCGAUGGGACUUGUCCAAGUUCCAGCACGUCAAGCGCGACAUCGGCAGCGCCAUGAAGUCUGUCGGCGAGGUCAUGGCCAUCGGACGUACCUUUGAGGAAUCUUUCCAGAAGGCCAUCCGUCAGGUCGAUCCCCGCUUCGUCGGCUUCCAGGGCGACAAGUUUGACGACCUCGACUUCGAGCUGCAGAACCCCACUGACCGUCGAUGGCUCGCCGUCGGCCAGGCCAUGCUGCACGAGAACUACUCGGUCCAGAAGGUCCACGAUCUCACCAAGAUUGACAAGUGGUUCCUCUACAAGCUGCAGAACAUCGUCGACUGCACCCGCGAGCUCGAAGCCGCCGGCGGCCUGCAGGCCCUCAAGAAGGACCAGCUUCUCAAGGCCAAGAGGAUGGGUUUCUCCGAUCGCCAGAUCGCCACCGCCGUUAAGAGCACCGAGGACGAGGUCCGCGCCCACCGGUUGAGCUUCAACAUCCGCCCUUGGGUCAAGAAGAUCGACACCCUCGCCGCCGAGUUCCCGGCCGACACGAACUACCUCUACACCACCUACAACGGCUCCACCCACGACGUCACCUUCGAGGACAAGGGCACCGUCAUUCUCGGCAGCGGCGUCUAUCGAAUCGGCAGCUCCGUCGAGUUUGAUUGGUGCGCCGUCAGCGCCACCCAGGCUCUCCGCGAGAUGGGCGAGAAGACGGUCAUGAUUAAUGUCUGUCGAUCCCUGCUGACCUCCCUCUUGUUUAACCCGGAAACCAUGUCCACCGAUUACGACAGCGCCGACAAGCUGUACUUUGAGGAGCUCAGCUACGAGCGAGUCAUGGACAUCUACGAGUUGGAGCAGGCCUCGGGCGUGGUCGUCUCCGUCGGUGGCCAGCUGCCGCAGAACAUUGCCCUCCGUCUCCAGGAGACGGGCGGCGCCAAGGUGCUGGGAACGGACCCCAAAGAUAUCGACAAGGCCGAGGAUCGCCAGAAGUUCUCCGAGAUCCUCGACAGCAUUGGCAUCGAUCAGCCUGCCUGGAAGGAGCUGACCUCGGUCAAGGCCGCCGAGGACUUCGCCAACGAGGUCGGCUAUCCCGUCCUCGUUCGUCCCAGUUACGUCUUGUCCGGUGCCGCCAUGACCGUCAUCCGGAGCAGGGAAGACCUCAAGGACAAGCUGGAGGCGGCAAGCAAUGUUUCUCCCGACCAUCCCGUCGUCAUCACCAAGUUCAUCGAGGGAGCUGAGGAGAUCGACGUCGACGGUGUCGCAUCCAAUGGCGAGCUCGUCAUUCACGCCGUCAGCGAGCACGUUGAGCAGGCUGGUGUGCACUCUGGUGAUGCCACCCUCGUCCUGCCCCCCGUGAACCUCGACGCCACUACCAUGGAGCGCCUUAAGGACAUUGCCACGAGGGUCGCCAAGGCCUGGAGCAUCACGGGCCCCUUCAACAUGCAGAUCAUCAAGGCCGACAAUCCCGACGGCGGUGAGCCUCUGCUCAAGGUCAUCGAGUGCAACCUCCGUGCCUCUCGAUCAUUCCCCUUCGUCAGCAAGGUCCUCGGUCUCAACUUCAUCGACGUCGCUGCCAAAGCCCUCGUAGGCAAGAAUGUUCCUGCACCGACUGAUCUCAUGGCUGUCAAGCGUGAUUACGUUGCUACCAAGGUCCCUCAGUUCUCCUGGACCCGUCUUGCCGGUGCCGACCCCUUCCUCGGCGUCGAGAUGUCGUCUACCGGUGAGAUUGCUUGCUUUGGCAAGGAUCUUGUCGAGGCCUACUGGACCUCUCUCCAAUCGACCAUGAACUUCCGCAUGCCCGAACCUGGCGAAGGUCUCCUUUUCGGCGGCGAGGUCUCCAAGCCUUGGCUGACGCAGGUUGCCGACUACGUCGCACCGCUUGGAUACAAGAUGUACGCCGCCAGCGAAGACGUCAAGCGCUUUAUCGAGACUACUUGCAAGCACAACGUCACCGUCGAAGUCAUUGAGUUCCCCAAGGAGGAUAAGCGCGCACUCCGCGAGGUGUUCAAGAAGUACGACAUCCGCGGCGCCUUCAACCUGGCCCUGGCCCGUGGCAAGACGACGAUGGACGUCGACUACAUCAUGCGUCGCAACGCUGUAGACUUUGGUGUUCCCCUGUUCAUGGAGCCCCAGACCGCUAUUCUCUUUGCCCAAUGCAUGAACGAGAAGCUUCCUCGCAAGGAGGGCAUCCCGUCCGAGGUCCGUCGGUGGUCCAAUUUUCUGGGCGGCAAGCCGCUGUAA